AUGCUUAGAAGAAAGCCACCACCACUGGAUAUCGACUUAAACCUCAAUGUAAAUUCAACCAUAACAUCAAGCGCAAUUGUACUGCCGCAUUCGCCUUCACGUUUAUCAUCACCUUCACCACUGCCGCAGCAGCAGCAACAACAACAACAACAGCCGCCACCACCACCACCACUACCGGAGCUGCUGCCACCAAAGCCGACAAAGCCACUUCCACCACCAUCAUCAUCUCCACCUCCACCACCAACAGCAACAGCAACAGCAGCAACAACAACAACAACAAAAACAAAAACAGCAACGGAUAUGGGUUGUCUUGAUAGUAGCUAUAACAUUAGUAAUGAUUUUAUUGCUUCGGCAAAUACCAAAAUACCAGCUAGACCCAAACUGCAAAUGAUUCAUAUGACACGAGCAUCGUAUUCCGAACAACCUGUACAAACUUUACAACAACAACAACAGCAGCAACAGCAGCAGCCGCAAAUGGAUUACAUGGGUCUGAUUGCUCUAGAAUCAAACUAUAUUAAUUCUUCGUUUGAUGAAUCAUUCAGCUUGGCGGACUCACCCAAACCGAGGGGCCCACGAGACAUAUCAGAUUACGAGAACAACAUUUACAUCGAUGACGACAACGAAGACGACAACAACCACAACAAAAACAGUACUUUUCUUGAAGCUUCUCCCAGUAUGAACUCUAUGCAAACCCCAAGUACUAGUAUUUUGCCAAGGAGUCGAUAUCAACUGCGACGAAGCUUUCAGCAAAUCUCACGCCCCGGAGCAGUAUCAUCUCCUAGUCAGUCGGGAUUGUCUAACGUUGAUACAACUUCAUAUUCAACGCAACGGCAGCAACGGCAGCAACGGCAGCAACAACAACAACAGCCACAACAGCAAAAACUACCACACGAAAUCCACACACCAGAGCGAAAUCUACCUUAUCCGACAAAGCCAAUUGAAGAUCUCUUAGCAGAAGAUAUUGAACAAGGUUAUUCGUUCUACGUCGAUUCUCCUUCACAACAACGAACACGAGUUAUAAUUGAUCACUCGGUUAAGAACAUUUCACCUCAGUUAACCGAUGUUCCAAAUUUAAGUAACCGAAGCUCUCAAUCUACAAUUCAUGUUCAAAAUCGGCGUCCAUCACUGCAGUACGACCCCGAAUCACCAAUGAGCUCGUCACCAUUGUCGAACUAUACUCCGAGACACAAGCAUUCGACCUAUUCCUUUUCGAACGAACCCGAUAUUGCUAUUUUACCCAACGGUCAGAGCCGAUCUCCAUCGCCAGAUAAAUUGUUUCAAAGUAAACACAAUUCAAUAAUAAGCAACUACCAGCAAGCAGAAGGGUACUUUGAUGGCCAUUAUGAACGCAAUGACUACAACUAUUACAGCGACUAUAAUGAGUACACUAACAACGAUGACAGCGGCAUGACAAAUGAAUAUACAGCCGCACCGUCACCAAACCUUCCCAGAUCACCACAGCUGCAAUAUAGAGUUGUCUCGGACAAUCCAUUUUACAUCGAUGAGAAUGAUGGAAAUAAUAAUAUGGACAAUUACACAAAUGCAGAUUAUGAAUCCCCAGUGACCGACUACUUUGACUACUCAAUACUACCUGAAUUACCUAGUAAGGUACCUACGUCGGUUGAACGAAAGGAUUUUCCUCUCCCAUCGUUACCUGACAAACCUUUACUGACUGUCCCAAGGACAAAGGAAAAACAAGAGCUUCCACCACUACCACUUGAUCUUCCACAAUUGCCAUUUAACUCAGCAUCUUUGCAAGAAGCACAUUUUGCAUCAUGUCCACAGGUAUGGUCACUUUCGCAAAUCUUCAAAUGGUGCUGCAAAUUACAAAUAUGGCUUGCAGAGCUGACGAUAUCAAGGUCAGAUUUGACAAAGGCAAUUGUUCGACUUUUGGCGUUCCACCGUAGUGAUGUACCACUAAACAUAAUCACACGAAGCUCUCAGACCGCGUUCAAUGCAUUUUUGCAGGCAAAAGCCAUUGAGGUGAUGGAGCUUCACACAGCAACAGAUAAGGGUGAUCGAAGUAUUGUUGCUUUUAAUGAACAUAUAUAUGUCAACGGUGUUUUCCCAGAACUUACUGGAUGUUAUUCACCCACCCCACAUUCCAAAGAUGAAGAGAGCCUAUGCUAUGCGAGCUAUUGCAAUUUCAGUAAGAUGAAAAAUUUGGAAAGAAAGAUGCGCAAUAUGAAUAUCAAAGAUAUAGUUUUAGCAAAUGAUUGGGCUUCGCAUUGGCGGUUAACUAUUGAUGAUCUAAAAGGAAUUGAUCCAACACUUAUUAAGAGACAAUCACUUAUAUUUGACUUAUUAAGGUACGAACAAACAUUCAUUCAAAGAGCUCAAUGUUUUGUUGAAGUUGUGUGUCCCGCAUUUAUCAAAACUGCGCAAACGUAUACCAGCAACUCCAAGGUUAAAAAGUUUCAAAGCGAAGUCUUACCAGCAGCACGGAAUAUUUUGGAAAUUCAUCAGCGAAAGCUUUUUGAGCCUCUUUUGAAAAUUCUUAUUGCUGAAGGCAAAUUCAUCAUGAGCAUCAUUGAAAUUGUCAACAUUUAUAUUGAUUGGGCUAAAGAAGUGAGGUCACAUUUAAUGACGUAUACGAACAAUAUGCCUAUGAUUGAAGAUUUGUUAAGCAUUGCAGAGCUAAAAGCAUUUGUUGAUACUAAAAUUGGUGUUUUACCAAGGGUUCGAGAACUUAAAGUUAAUAUUGCUAUACUAUUUAUUAGCACUUUCAACUCAAGGUACCAACAAAUACCGUUGCAGUUACUCGAUAUUAGAAAUAAAUACCAAGAAAAUGAGCCCGAGCAUUUCUUGUUGAAACAAGCUAGUGAUGAGAUAAAGGGCCUUGGAUCUAAGAUAAACGACUCUAAGAGAACCGCUGAUAAUGUCCACGCAAUGGAACAAAUUAAAGCACAGUUACUGUGGAAAUCUAGCGUUAAGCAAAUAAACCUCAAUUUGAAUUCGUCAAAUAGGAAGUUCAUAUGUCGUGGCGACCUUACGCGUAAAAGUGAUCUUAAACUAACUACGCAGAUAAACCACCUAGUCAUUUUAGAUAACUAUUUAUUGAUUACCGAACGUGUCAAGAACCCGAAAAUAUCAGGGAUCUUGUACAAAAUAUGCGAAGACCCUAUUCCAAUUGACUUUUUGAUGUUUUCUCAAAAAGUUGCAGGUUCCACAGUGUACCCAAUCAAGCUUGCUUCUACAUCAAGCUUUAGAACUCCAAUCCAGCAACAACUACAACAACAACAACAACAACAACAACAACAACCACAGCUGUAUCAACUGCAUCAACUGCAUCAAUCGCAACAACAACAACAACAACAACAACUGCUGCAAUCGCAAACUAAUGCUCAACUUGAUGAAGACGAUUCAAUUCAGUAUGCAGUUCGUUUGCAAUAUGCUGGGAAGCCCAAACAUUCAUUUACAUUUUCAUGUAAAACCGAACGUGAAAAGGAUGACUGGAUAAGCUAUUUGACCAUGGCAAAGACCAAUAUGUGUAAGCGGUUGUUCAAUUCUGCUGCAUACAUUCCACAUCCAUUAUCAACCACAUGUUUUGCAUACGAGUUUCAUCACAAGACUCCAAAACUUCCGAUUUCCGUUCCAUUUGAUCAAGUGUAUGAUAUGUGUCAGGACUCGCGUUCGAAACUCAUGCAACUCGGAAUAGGUGACGAUGUGAUGAAUGGAAAUCUUCCUAGAAGCAGGCUAGUGCACAGCUCUAUUCGAGCCAGUUUUUCGUUCAUUUACAAAGACUUGAGAUUUACCCUCGUUGGCUUGUCAAGUGGACUUUAUUGUUGCGAAUCCAAAUCGAGAUGGAAGAGAAUAGCUCAUUGUGCAGACAUUACCAAGAUCCAUGUCGAUACCAACACCGGUAUUGUGGUUGUGCUCACAGACAAACAGUUGAGGUACUACUUGAUCCACCAGAUUUUGAAUGUUUAUAGUGAAAUCUCCACCGAACUAAGCGCAGUUGCCUUGUCCAACAGUUCCGUAUCAUUUUUUAGUAUGGCGGUGCAUAAGAACAUAACAAUGUUAUUUUUGGCAAAGCGGAAAGGAAGUCUGACCAGCUUCAAAGUAUUAAUACCAGAAACCGAUAACAAUGGUGUAUUCAGUCGCUUUAAGAAUGACCGUAAAUUCUUUAUCGAGGCAGAAUGCUAUGGUAUUUCAAUAUUUAAUUCCUCUUUUGCUGUGCAUACUGACAAAGGUUUCGAGAUUUUAGAUUUAGACAAAAUGGUACCUCGUUCGGUACCUGAUUUACCCCUGUUGGAGUUGGAAAAUGGAGGUAACUACACCACCAACAACAGCAACAACAACAACAACAACAAUGGCAGCAAGAGGAGCCAAUUUACGAGAAACUCUUCAACAAAAUCAGCGCUGUCAUUAACUCCAUCUACGCCCAGCGCAGUAGUGGAUAAUAUAAAGAAACUAAUACUUUCUUCGCGUGUGAUGCCGUUGGGAAUGUUCAAGCUAAACAACAAUCUGGAGUUUCUUUUAGUUUAUGAUGAUUUUGCAAUUUUUAUUAACAAAUAUGGGAAAUUGUCCCGGUAUGUAAUUCUUAUCUUUGACUUUAAAGCAAAAUCAGCAUAUUUCAGGAACAAUGACUUGUUCUUGAUCAAAGAUGACGUUUUAGAAGUACUUUCUAUCAGCGAUUUUCCCAAAGGCACAAACAAGUUCGUUCAAGUGAUUACUGGAAGAGACAUUAGAUUGGUUUCAAGUGCCGAAAGCGAGAAUAUCACAAUUGCCAUGGCAAACCCACUUGUACCAGGUAUGCAGUUAUUUUUUAAUAUGGUUCCAAAACCGGAUAGAACCAUUAGAUGA